GUUUUGUGUGAGUCCUCUUCUUCACUCUUCUACAACAGAAACAGAGAGAAACAGAGAGAAACAGAGAGAGGAAAUGAGAAGGGAAGGGAUGAUUCUGAAGGUUCAUUUGUUACUUUUUAUCUCUCUUUCUUGUUUUGUUUCUCGUAAUCAUGGAAGGCAAUCAGAAGCCCUUCACCGUCUUUACAUGGACAAGUUGCAGAACAAAGCAGGGAUCAAUACAGAAUCAAUUUAUGAAGAAACAGAGAUCUUUAAUGAGGUUCAUGUGGAAUCUCAAGAAGAGUUGAAAGAGAAAGAUAAGAUUGGAAAGCUCCCUGGACAGCCUUAUGUUAAGUUUUCUCAGUAUGCUGGUUAUAUCACAGUAGACAAAUCUGCUGGUCGGGCACUUUACUACUAUUUUGCAGAGGCUGUUAACAAUAAAGAUAAAAAACCUCUUCUUCUUUGGCUUAAUGGAGGUCCUGGUUGUUCUUCACUUGCAUAUGGAGCAAUGGAGGAACAUGGUCCCUUUCGGGUUUACAGUGAUGGCAAAACACUCUACAGGAAUCCAUAUGCAUGGAACAGAGAGGCUAAUGUUCUGUACUUGGAGUCUCCGGCGGGCGUUGGCUUUUCAUAUUCGAACAGGACAUCUGAUUACGCGAAAAGUGGAGACCGAAGAACUGCGAUCGAUAAUUAUGCAUUCUUGGUUAAUUGGUUAGAAAGAUUUCCAGAGUACAAAACUAGGGAGUUCUAUAUAUCAGGGGAGAGUUAUGCAGGCCAUUAUGUACCCCAGCUUGCACAUGCCAUUCUCCAAGAGAAUAAGAUUGCCAAGAAGACUAUCAUCAAUCUCAAAGGAUUAAUUAUUGGAAAUGCAGUGAUUAAUGAUGAUACAGACCAAAGAGGCAUGUUUGAGUACUUUUGGACCCAUGCUCUCAUGUCUGAUGAGGCAUACUAUUUAAUCAACAAAUACUGUGAUUUUUCCCCAAAUGCAAAAACACAAAGCAGCCAGUGCACAAAGGGUGCUCAGGAAGUUAAUAUAGAUUUAGCUUCCAUUAAUAUCUACAACAUCUAUGCUCCAUUGUGUUUCUCCAACAAUCUCACAGACCUGCCAAAGAAGGCGUCGGUAAUGAAUUUUGAUCCUUGCAGUGAUUAUUAUGUACAUAAUUAUUUGAACCUACCUGAUGUUCAAGAGGCCCUACAUGCCAAUGUCACCAAACUUAGCUAUGAUUGGGAACCUUGCAGUAAUUUAAUCAACAAUUGGAACGAUAGCCCAUCGACGAUAAUUCCUCUCUUGAGGGAGGCCAUGGCAGAUGGAGUUCGUGUUUGGGUGUUCAGUGGUGACAUAGAUGGAAGGGUUCCAGUGACUUCAACAAGGUCAUCUCUCAAUAAGCUUAAACUUCCUGUUAACACAACAUGGUAUCCUUGGUUUGUAAAUAAAGAGGUUGGAGGGUACACUUUCGCAUACAAAGGGUAUCUAACAUUUGCUACAGUGAGAGGAGCAGGUCAUGAGGUCCCAAGUUACCAGCCAGUUAGGGCACUUGCACUUAUCAAGCAUUUCCUUAGUGGGAAGAACCUCCCAGUAUCAUGAAAUUUGGAGGAAACCAUUCACAGCUAAUUCGUCUUUUUUCCCCCUAAUUAUUUCUUCCUUUUUACGGGGAAAGCUUAGCUGGCUAGCCUUUCCUUAUUUUUAAUUUGAUUUUUAGAUAGAUUACUUGAUUAGCUUCCAAUUAUUAUUGGUGGAAUUUUUUUCAAUCCAUAAAUAAAUAUUUCCAAGAAAUACUUGAUUUCA